AGAGGAAAAACAAACUCUCUAUCUCACACACACACACACACACACACAGACACACGCACAUGAAAUACCACGCUGCAUGUCCACUGCUGAUAGGGAGGCAGUAGGGUUUCCAGAGGAAAAACACAGAGCAGAUCUUUUCUGUCAGCUUCCUCCUUCUGAAAUGUUGCUUACUGACUGAGUCGGGACUUCAUGGUACAGAGGAAUGUGUGGCGUGAACUGAAGAACAGCUGGAAGUCAUCAGAAAAACCACCCGAUUGGUUCACUAUGCGGAGCUGCGACACUUUCAAUGGUACCCAGAACAGUGAGGAUCAACUCCUCUGCCAUGACUUCCACCUCAUCCUCUCCAUCUUCUCCCUCCUCUACCUCAUUAUCUGCUUCCCGAUUGGCCUUUGCUACAAUGCUCUGCUGGUCCUGGUCAAUUUGUACAACAAGGCUACUAUGACUAUGCCUGAUGUUUACUUUGUGAACAUUGCCAUUGCUGGCCUCAUAAUCAAUGCUGUGGCACCAAUAUACCUUCUUGGACCAACCACCACCAAGUGGGCCAUCUGGAGCUUUAACAGUGAAGUUUACAUCACACUGCUGAUUUUGUUUAAUGUUUCCUCCCUGGUUAUCAUGUAUUCCACCACCUUGCUCAGCCUGGAUUACUACAUUGAGCGAGCUCUACCCCGGACUUACAUGUCUAGUGUGUAUAACACCAAGCAUGUCUGUGGGUUCAUUUGGGGAGGUGCAAUGCUUACAAGCUUUUCCUCUCUGCUCUUCUACAUCUGUAGCCAUGUGUCCACUAAGCUCAUUGAGUGCUCUAAGAUGCAAAACAAGGAGGCAGCUGAUGCCAUCAUGGUGUUUAUUGGGUAUGUUGUCCCUGCCAUUGCUGUACUUUACGCACUUGUGUUGAUUUUACGAAUACGGAAGGAGGCCACACCCCUCGAUCACGAUACUGGAAGACUGGACCCUUCUGUGCACAGGCUUCUGAUUGCCACAGUAUGCACACAAUUUGUGCUGUGGACACCUUACUAUCUAACUCUCCUGGUAAACACAUUCCUUGUCUCACAAGGAAAACUCAUGGAUGAGCACUACAUGCGGAUAUUGCAUUUCAUCAAAGAUUUUUCAAAAUUCUUAGCUUUCUCUAGCAGUUUUGUGAUGCCGCUUCUCUACCGUUACAUCAACAAAAAUUUUCCUGGCAAGCUACGACGGCUGAUUAAAAAAAUGCACUGUGGGCAUCAGAGGUGCUCUCAUGAUCGAGCAACAGUACAGCAGGUGAUGACGUAGGAAACAAGAAACUCUUGUGGAGCACAAGCACUGUGGGACUUCACCACACCAGCAUGGUCCUGCUGCUUCUUACCAAGAACUUUUUUAGAAGCUCUUCGCAUUGAUACUGGAAGGGGGCUGCUAUUCUUACUGACCAAGGGAUGCUUAUUCUAGCAGAGGUGGCACAGUAACACUAACAGAAACCUAAGGCAGGUCAGAGAAGCUGGCAUUUGAGAGCACUUUCAAAGCACUGAGUCAGUAAGCUUGAGUUCUGCAUUUCUUCCCAGUUUUAAUAAUCCUGGGUAGAGAAAUAACUAAAAGGUAAAGUGAAGUCUUGAUUGGCUAUAAAGCACUUUGUUACCUGUCCAAGAAAAAGACAAUGCUAUGUUUUCUUCCUUAGAAAAAGAGAUGCAAUAAUUCUAAAUGGUAUAGUUUAGUACUCUUCUCGACAUGCCCUGUGUGUCCUUACCAGGAUGGUCAAUCUCUGGCCAAGGUAAUGCUGAUCAAAAGAAUAGGCUGUCCAAACAGUCUGAAGUGAAAUAUAAGCUACAAUAUUAUUAA